AUGCAUAGCCUCAAGAAUAUUCCUGCCGAGUACAGAGAAUUUAUCCCCAGAGAAGCUAGGGACUUCCUCAACGGCCUUACCCAUUCCGACAAGGCUGAUCUCAAGGAAACUGCCAAAGACUAUGCCACGUACAAGAAUGAAGACGAGGCCCUGGCUGCCCUGAAGGAGAAAUCAUCCGAACUUGGAGCUAAAGCCGAAAAACGGGCGCAAUUCGGUCGCAAUUCCCAUCGCUUGAAGGCGCACUGA